AUGCUCUUCUUUCUGCUACCUGUCGUGGCUCUCUUGCUGAGCGGAGAAACGGCAGUCUCCGGUAACAGUAACGACAAAUGGCUGAGCACCGUGUCUCAGUACAGCAAGGACAGAUCCUGGAACAGAUUCAGAGAUGAAGCCGAGGAUGACUACUUCAAAAGCUGGGCUCCUGCCAAGUCUCUAGACCAAGAGGGACAGGUCAAGUCUGGCAGAUAUGGAGACCCAGGGACCACAGCCCACUCUGGCUCUGCCAAGAAGACAGUACAGGAUGGUCCAGACGCCACCAAGGACCCCUGUCUGAAGGUGCGCUGCCCUCCUCACAAGGUAUGUGUCAGCCAUGACUACCAGACAGCCAUCUGCACCAAUCACAAGCAGCCAACGCACAGUGUGAGACCCAGGAAAGGCAGCUCAGGUCACAAGCGCAGGCUUGAAGCCGUUGCUCAUGGGAAAUGUAGACUGUGCACAGCGCUCCAUUCAACUCCUGUGUGUGGAUCUGAUGGACACACCUACUCCUCCAAGUGUAAGCUGGAGUUCCAGACCUGCCUGUCUGGGAAGACGAUCUCAGUGAAAUGUGAUGGGCUGUGUCCCUGUUUGUCUGGUCAGGAGUUCAGUAGACCGCCGCACGAGACUGAGAAGACUGCCUGCACAGACGCAGAACUUCACAGUCUGGCUUCCAGACUGAAGGAUUGGUUCGGAUUGCUGCACCUCGACGCCAACAGAGACCUCAUAUCCUCUGACAGCUUUGAUUCCACCACUGGACAUUUUGACACUAGCAUCUUGCCCAUCUGUAAGGACUCUCUGGGCUGGAUGUUCAACAAGCUAGACAUGAACUUUGACCUCUUGCUGGAUCAAUCGGAGCUGAGCGCCAUUUACCUGGACAAGUAUGAGCUGUGCAUGAAGCCCCUUUUUAAUUCCUGUGACUCCUUCAAAGACGGCAAGCUGUCAAACAAUGAGUGGUGUUACUGCUUCCAAAAGCCUGAGGGAUUGCCGUGCCAAACUGAGAAAAGCAGGAUUCAGAAUCAGAGUCGAAGGAAGAGCCUCAUAGGUUCCUAUAUUCCUCGCUGUACUGAGGAGGGUUACUUCAAACCAACCCAGUGUCAUGGCAGCACUGGUCAGUGUUGGUGUGUGGACAAAUACGGCAAUGAGAUCGCCGGUUCCAGAAAACAAGGCAACCCCAACUGCGACGAGGACCAGGAGACAUCGGGGGAUUUUGGUAGCGGUGGGGCAGUCAUUCUUCUUGAUGACCAGGAGGAGGAGCCUUCACAGAGUGGGCGGAGCCGGCAGAAGAAGCGACGGGGCCGGAUCCACCCCAGAGGAGCCAUUGAGGAUGACGAGGACGAGGAAGACGAUAAGGAUGAUGAGAUCGGCUACGUUUGGUAG